GAGGCCUUCACGGUAGCAUGAACACAUCUGCCACACCCUGCAAAACAACAAACCAGUCCUCGACUCUCACCUACCCAGACGACUUUACUCUAAAUGAGUCCCUGCACCCCUCUCUGGGUCUCAGCCCUGCCCUUUAUGUCCCUCUGUAUUCGGACUGGAACUCUGCCCUUGCCACAUGGGGAUUUGCUUGGGAAGCUCACAUCUAUGGCUUGGGAUCUGUCUUCACUGUGUUUGGCCUUAUUUCUGUCAUCUGCCUGUUAGGCCUUCCCCUGCGGUGCCCCCCAGGAUGCCCCUACUUCAUUCUCCUGCAUCUGUUCCUUUUAGCAUUUGCAGGGAUCCAAGCUUUCUGUUUGCUGUACGAUGCUUACAGUCACCAAGAUCGCCUGCCCCCUAUAGGCUCUCUGCUGCUCUCUGAGUUGCCCUUCCCCUGUUUAGUCUCAGCUUUCUCCUUGGCCUUCCUCAUUCUUUCAUUGCGCUCUCGCAUGCGUCUUUCACUCCCACUCGCUAUUUCAACCUCAUUUUCAGUUUUGCCCAAACCUCGCCUGUUACUCUCUGUGUCUCUACUGUAUUUUGGAGUUUCUCUAGGUUGUGUUGGCAUGCUCCAGCUCUUCCACAUUCUCCCCACCAUGAUCCUGCUCUUCCCACAUGGUUUGUUUGUAUGUCUCACCAUCUUUCUGUCAUUUUCCUAUCUCAUCUUCUACUGCUUAAUUCGAGUUGACACUAAACACAUCUACAGACUGAAUGACAAUGGAGAGAGUGGAGGCUCUCCUGAAGGGAUACGACCUGCAAGAUGUCCCUUUGCCAAAGUGGAGGACUGGCAUAGGGCAGCAGGAGCUGGAGUAGGAGCUGCGUUUUGUAUGUUGGGGUGUGGUGGCCUACAGCUUUAUGGGAUUCUGCAUGCCCUUGGUUUAGGUGGAGUUGAGGGCUAUGGGUUCCAGCCUUGGUCCUGGUGGGGCUAUCAGGUAGGCUGCAGACUCUGUGAGGUUGGUGUGUGUCUCGGUUUGUCUCUCAUUGGCACACACCCUCUAUUUUGUCAAAACAACUCCUCUAUCAAGACCAUAAGUGACCCUCGGCCAGGAUCUUGGUCUCGCCUCUCCUGCAACUCUCCUCUGGGUGGGCUAACCCCGCCCUUUAAUGAAUGUACAAAUUCUCCUGUCCUCUCCUCUCGUAAGUCCUGCUCCCAAGGUAACCAAGAAAAGCUUGUGGUCUGUAAUGUCAUUAGUGAGGGACCAUCAGAGGCUUUUCCUCUUCGCUCUAUGUCAGAUCCUCCUGAAAAUGGGCUUGAUUGUCUGCCAAAAUCCAGCCAAACAAAGAUGACACUUUUGCCUCUACCUACACCCCCAGUCCCACAUCACAAGAUUUUGAAUGCAGUUGACUCUAAACUGUCGUCACUGGAUAGUUUAGGAUUAGAGACUGACUCUACUGGGGACCUGCGGCCCCCAUCUCCCAUAGACUUGUCCCGCAGCAUUGACCAGGCUCUGUUCAGUGAUUCCCUAUUCUCCAACAGUAUCUUUGGUUUUCCAAAACUGUUCCAUGCUUCUUCAAGUCAUUCUUUGAGCUCUCCAAGCCAAGGUACAUCAAAGCAUGGGCCCAGUUCUGUAGAAAUGGCCUUAUACCGAACUUCUUCCUGUGGAGAUGUGGAUCAAGAGAAAACACUGCCCAGUGCAAGAUGCUCCCAACCUCAAAGUUCUUUGACAUCUCAAAGCAGGACACUGGAGCAAUGGGAUUGGAAAGGGAGCGACUCUGGCUCAACCCAGGGUCUGUGCUGCAAUCCCAAGGAGCCAGGAAAACUGCGCUCACAUUCCUGGGCCAACAGAGGGCAAAACUUUGCUCAGCACAGCCUUCCACGAGCGAUUCCCAACCUGUCUUACCACAGGCGUUACCGUACCUUGAGCUUGGCCUCCCAGGAAAUCCAGGGCUCUGGCCGACUGGCAGGGACUAAAAAACUGAGUGAAAGCAAACAGCUGGAAUGGGAUCUUGCUGUACAGGCAGAAUUUGUCGAUGUGUGCAGACAAAUUGAUGAUCUAAGUGUUUGCAGUGACACCAUUGAAUUGUAGGAUUUUGUAAAAGUCCAGCUGUGAGUGAAAUGCACUUGACAUUGUAGAGAAGUACAUACAGAUGAAAAUAUUUCAAUAACAUAACCUAAUGAAAGAGUAAUGGACAUCAUUUAUUAUCAUUAUUACUAUUACUGAUACAUUAUGCUGACCCAGCUUUUGGACAGUGAAACUAUCCUGGAAAAAGAGACACCAAGAGUCCAUGAUAGAAUAUAAGAUAAUUGUCUUUAGUAGUGAGUGGACAAACAAUAUAGAGUCAAAAACUGUUUUGUUUAACACUGCUGUGUCUUCAUCAUUGAACCCUUCCCGUUUAGGACAGUAUUGCAGAUAUUGAACACAAUUUCAUCCACAUAGGUAAUAAUAUAGGGCAAUAUUAAAAACGUGUGUGCAGGAGCUAAAGAUCCCUUUUCUCUGUGUGUUGUAGAAAUUAUGGAACUUCAAAGAGCACAAUACAUACAAUGGUUGGGUUUUCAUUGCUUGCCUACCAACAUUUUUGUGAU